AGCCACAGGCUCUUAAUUAAGUCCAAUUGAGUCACGCAAAAACCCUAAUUUGUUGUUCACUGCUUUCUUGCGCCCCAAUUCGAUUUUCUGUGGUUCUUUUUGUUAGAUCCGUUGGAGUUCUGUCAUUCCUAACUCUAUUGGCGCUUUGUUUGGUUCACUGGAAAACGCCAGAAAAUCAAUCGUAUCUAUUUCCACUUCAAUUCACCGUCCCAUGCGUUUCUCAUUAUUCUCUUCGUUUUCAAUUACCAAAAGUUUUCUUUAGAAUUUCUCUUUCUUCUCUUUAUUGGUUUGAUGAAGACGAUGAACUAAAAAUUCGAGAAUUGAUUGUGCCAAUGCGGUUUUUUCCCUGGAGCUCAAGCUCCAGCUCAGACAAGGAACAGGGCAGUGGAGGCAGCAAUCACGCUUUCUUGUACCUAAAUGUGUAUGAUCUGACGCCUAUAAAUAACUACAUCUACUGGUUCGGGCUUGGGAUAUUUCAUUCGGGCAUUGAAGUGCAUGGGUUGGAAUAUGGCUUUGGAGCCCAUGAGUACCCUUCGAGUGGGGUAUUUGAGGUGGAACCAAGAAGAUGUACAGGCUUCAUAUUUCGGAGAUCCGUGUUGUUAGGCAGCACUAGCAUGUCUCGUUCAGAAUUUCGUUCAUUCAUGGAACAUCUUUCUGCAAAAUAUCAUGGGGAUACUUACCAUUUGAUUGCCAAGAACUGCAACCACUUCACUGAUGACAUCUGCCUACAACUUACCGGAAAGCCUAUCCCUGCAUGGGUAAAUCGAAUGGCUCGACUAGGUUCUUUUUGUAAUUGUCUGCUACCACAUAGAAUGCAGAUUACUGCAGUUAGGCAUCUUCCUGAUCAUCCAGCUUGUUCUGAUGAUGAUGGAUCAGAUUCUGUGGCAUCAUCUACAACAGCAGGGAUUGAGGAAGAGGUUGCAGAUCAUAAUCAGCUGAUAUCGGCAAGUGGUGGUGUUGCAAUUCUGAAGGGAAGACCAGUAAGGUUGGCAAGGGAACUCCUGUAGAUUUUUUUGUCCAAUUUCUCUUCUGUACUUUUUCUCUUGUGUGUAACUUUAUUAUAUGAUCUCAGCUACAAGGACGUGUUGGCUUCCUUCAUUAUUUGUUUCCUUCUAUUAUAACAUUACCCAGAAUCAGUCUGAUGCCUGCAUUUUUUUUGGUAAUUGUAUAUGAUUAUGCUUCUGCU